GAUUGUUUCUUCUUUCACCGUCCGAAAUCGGUCCAACACCUGGCGGUGUGCUUGGUCAUAAAACUACCUCUUUCGCGUUCGAUAUUGACACCUGACUGUCUCUUACACAUACCACCACCGUCAGCUGAGUACAGGGGGUCAAAUCUCUCUCAUUUGGCACAGCUUUUACCAUCACCACCGCAAGCAGGAAAUCCCACCCCCCGCUCCAAUCCAAUCCUCCUCCUCCCCGUUCUCUCCCCAUUCCGAAUCCCUCACGCCACCGUAGAACCCCCGCGUCAUGUCUCAGUCGGCGUCAGCAACAGUUAGCCCCGUUGUGGCUCGAGGACCCCCGGACCCUGCCGCCAUGAAAGCUCGUAUUAUCUCACACAUGAAUGCGGAUCAUCAAUUGAGCCUCCGAGCAUAUCUCCAGCUAUAUGCCAAUGUUCCAUCAUUGAGUACCAGGUCCAGCAAAUUGGAGGACAUCACCAACGAGCAUAUGAUCCUCACCUCCUCUUUCGGUCGUCAUGUCAUCCCCUUCUCUCCCCCAUUAAAAUCGCUGGCCGAAGCAAGGGAACGUUUGGUGGCCAUGCAUAAUGAUUGCUUGCAGGCUCUAGACUUGUCGGACAUUGUCAUAGACAGUUACUACUGGCCAGACAAACUUUGGCAGUACCCGGCAACCGCGUUCAUCCUCUUGAUCUUGAUCACCUUUCCUUUCCCUGACUCCCUACUGCCCCACUCAAACUCUCUCAUCUAUCAGAUUUGGUCACUCGGUGGCCUUGCACCGGGUCUUGCAGCUCUCUGCCAUACGCUCGCAUUCCCUGUCUGGUUCUUUAUUGUCGCCGUUCAUGCUGCCGAGUCAGUCUGGCUGUCCAAAACCCGUCUGAGGAAGCACUGGAUCGAGCCAGGUACGGGGGUCUGGAUGGCUUGGAUGGCAGACUGUGCCCUCAAGGGGUUCAGUGCAUUUCAAAGGUUCGACCAAGUUGUCAAAGAAAAGGAGGCAGCAAAGCGAGGCCGUGGACAGCAUUAGAGCUGACACUGUUUCGUCUACUGGAACCAGCCAAUCUGCGUUGUACGCCGCUCCUGAGUUUGAUACAUCUCCUCUCUUGUUGAUGCAAGGUAUAUAGAGUCCAGAUCACGGCAAAGAUCCUGUUAUAACCAGCAUCAUGCAUUCCUACCGUCAUCAAGUCCCGAAUCUUGGCCAUGUAUAGCUUUUGAAAAAGGAUCGUACACAAUGGACACAGCUGUUGACGCCUCGCAAUUGGCCUUGCCGAGCUGCACUAUUGGGAUUGGUUUGUCGAUCGAUGCCUCUACCACUUGUCCCGUCAGGGAGGGUUCGUCUAAGAACCGCAUGUACCCAGCAACCACGGUCAACAUUGGGGUCAGGCUUCACAGGUUAGUUACAGGUAACAGACUCUCCAUCCUCGAUCAAUCGCCAACUUAGUUAUUGUUGCCGACAAAGUCGCACAUCUCUUGUGGAACAUUCCGAGUGGGCACUAUUCCCGGGCACACAGCAUUUAACUUUGUAUUCACUCCAAGGGCCACACAAUCAUACGAUCUGGCCGGCAACAUGGCAAAUCCUCACACUCAAAAGAAGAUCCAAUCCAACCAACAAUGAUCAGCGAUAUAUAUUGAGAGCGGAUGGGCUGCAAUAUACUGUCAAACUAUACUACCUAGGGAGAGGACGGCAAAGGGAUGGCCUCCCUGCAAUCAAGAGUUGCCUAAUGUACAAGACCCUCGGCUUGAAGCUGGUUGACAUAUUUCCAGUAUCGAGGUAUGCUUGCCUUUCGAAGGCUCUUGCCGUAUUUUAUGAAGACAAAGAAAAGGCAAAUUUGUGCCAUUGCAACAAACGCUGCCAGGAUAAAGGCAUUCUGGUAGCCCAUGUUGGUCAUCCAAGGGGUCACACUAUCUCAAAGUCAACACUGGUCGCUUCGGUGGCACGCUCGAGGAACAAGGGACACUUACCCGUAGCUGACUGCGAAGCUCAUGGUGUUGCGGAUCAAAAUGACUGUGACGAUAGCAUCUCCGCUCAUGUCCUUGUAAGAGUCGAUGCAAUAGCUGAUUGGUAGCUGACAUCCUAUGGUGAUGGCUGCGGCCAGCAUUCCCAUUGCAAACACAAGGCCGAACCAAUGGACGUGAUGUGCUGCACCGAUGCCCCAGAUAAAAAAUCCACCGGGAAUAAGGAUGAAGAGACUCAUGUAGAGCCACAGACGGUGCUCAGGCUCCAUCACGCCAUUGUUCCUCCUCGCUUUCCACAGGAUGAACUUGUCACCCAGUGGGCCAGAGAAAUAAGCCCUGGCAUUCUAGUCAGCUCCCUCACGUCCACGUAAAAGAUAGAUUCCAGCAAGUCUGGAGAUAUAGAACAUACCCAAGGAAGACCCCAAUGAGGCAUGACACGUAAGAGAGACCAACCAUGCUUGCGGAAAAGUUGUACGGUGGACUGGACAGGAUCACCGAGGCCGUACCGUUGAGAAUAUUGAAGUAACAAACGAUGGACCC